UAGUGUAUUGUAUAUAAAUAUUUUAUAUUUAGUGUAUGAAGUGCAAUUUUUUAAGUAUAACACAAAAAUAAAUAUCAUUUACAAUGACUGAUGAAAGUUAUAAUAUAAUCAAAGAAGGCAAAGCUGAGGUUAAGUUCGCUUCAAAUGUAUUUUACAACCCUGUACAAGAAUUUAACCGAGAUUUGAGCAUUGCAGUACUUUCUGUAUUCGGAGAAAUAUUUAGGGAAGAAAAACACCAAAAAAAUAAUGAACAAAAUACAGAUGCAAAGACAUAUGAACCUGGUAAAGUUUAUGAUGACGGUCUGUCUAUCCUCGAGGCUCUUUCUGCAACAGGCUUACGCAGUGUGAGGUAUGCUUUAGAAAUCCCCGGUUUAAAAAAUGUAGUCGCUAAUGAUUUGUCUUUAAACGCUGUACAAAGUAUUAAACGUACAAUAACACAUAAUAAAGUCGAGCACUUGGUAACACCUAACCACGAUGAUGCUACCAUGUUGAUGUACCAAAAACGUAAACCAGAUUUAAGAUUCACGGCUAUAGAUUUAGAUCCUUACGGUUGUCCAGGAAUAUUCCUAGACUCAGCCGUGCAAGCGGUUUGUGACGGGGGUUUACUUUUGGUUACAGCCACGGAUAUGGCUGUGUUAGCGGGUAAUGCUCCAGAAACUUGUUACACAAAAUACGGUGCUGUAAGUUUACACACAAAAUCCUGUCACGAAAUGGCUUUAAGGAUUUUGUUGCAGUGUAUAGAAGGGCAUAGUAAUAGAUACGGGAGGCACAUCGUGCCUUUGUUAUCAGUAUCCAUAGAUUUUUAUAUCCGGGUUUUUGUAAGGGUUUAUACUAGUCCUAAGGAGUGCAAGAAGACUACGAGUAAAUUGGGGUUGGUGCAUUUGUGCACGGGGUGCGAGUACACGGUUUUGCAACCGCUGGGGGUAAUAAAAACAGUACAACCUAAACAAACGAGUGUAAACAAGCAAAUGAAUCAGUAUAAAUAUGCUAUACCGACAGGGCCGCCUAUAAAACCCGAGUGCGACCAUUGUGGGUCCAAAUAUCACACCGGGGGGCCUGUUUGGAUAAACCCUUUGCACGACCAAACGUUCGUCCGAAAAUUAUUAAGACAUUGCGAAAGUUUUGGUACAAAAUACGCAACGCACUUGCGUAUGCAGGGUGUUCUAUCAGUCGUAAACGAAGAAAUAGAUACACCUUUGUACUACACGUUAGAAAAACUAUGUUCAACACUCCACAUCGAAACAAUACCAAUAAUCACCUUACGAUCAGCACUCCUAAACUCCGGUUACAAAGUCUCAUACUCCCACGCUUGCAAAACAUCAAUAAAAACAGACGCCCCCAUGCAAUUUCUAUGGGACGUUCUAAGAACGUGGGAAAAGGAGCACCCGGUUAAAAAGUCGCGCCUGAUACCAAACGUACCCGUAACAAACAUCUUACAACAACCGAUACAAAAUGAAAUAAAUUUUAAAUUGCACAAAGAUGCAAAUCCUGUGAGCAGAAAAAUGGGUUUUGCGCGGUUUCCUGAGAAUCCAACGGCACAUUGGGGACCCGGUACAAGAGCCAAAAUAAUGCUAGGUGAUGGCAAGAUGAUUAAAAGUAUACGCAAUCAGAAUAAAAAAGGGAAUAAGAGGAAAGCUGACAGUGUUUUGGAUGGGAGUGAUAAGAAAGAGAAAGUUGGUGUAUAG